AUGGAGUUGCUGUUAUUUUUUUCAGCCUUAACAAAAUAAGAAACAGCCAUUACUUAAAAUGUUAUAUGUGCAUCUGCUGCCUUAGAAACAAAUGUAGACGACUAAAUGUUUUCUGAUUGUGUGGAUCACGGAUUUCAUGGAAUGGUGAUGUCUGCAUUUCUGCAGGAAAUCACGAGUAUGGCACAAGCCGCCGCUGCUGACAACAGGACAAUGACAGCCAAACUAAUAGUCAAGUGCGUAAACUAACAUUGAUUGUUGUCGAAUCUAGGCUACAAAGUAGGCUAGGCUCACUUUUUAAAUAACGAAGUAGCCUAUAUCCUUAAACUCGCGUGUAACUUUUCAUGCAGGCUAUCUGUGGUUUUAGAACUCUCCGAAUCUGGCUGGAUUCUAACAUAAUUUUGCAAUGUUCGACCGAAUAAAGUGGUGGUCGAGCCUGCAACGGGCAAGGCCCGCGGAAAAUGACACUAGAUAUGCCGACAUUUUUCAUAACUCAGUUUUAAGAUUUUAUAAACAAAACGACGGCAUAUAUGUGAGAUUCUACAAAAUGCAGAUUAUGGGCGUUUCUCCAAAGGUCUCUGUCCAGAGUUUGUGCCAGAGAUAGCCUACAAUGUCCUGUCGCAUUACGCAAGGAGGUGCGCUAUUUUGCAAAAUAGCCUCCUGUUGAGACAAGCGGAGUAAAACUUAAAUCUGAGUGACGCCAAACUAGCUGACUUUUCAGAUCUUCAGUAACUCACGGCGCGCCCCCUCUGCAGGUGCACUACCAGAUCAACAUGUCACGCUACCUGAGAUUCUUCACAGUCGUUGGAGACCAGGAUCAGGGUGACACUGCGUGGCAGAAUGAAGAGCUCCAUGAGGCCAGUGAAGACCUGGAGCCGGCUACCGGGCAGCAGCUGGCGCGCAUCACUUUUAGAGAUGCCCUAUGCCGACUCUACAGCUCCGAGAGAUUUCAGAUUGUUGUGGUCUGUAUGGUUAUUCUGGAUGCUGUGUUUGUACUCUGUGAGCUUCUUAUGGAUUUGUCCAUAAUACAAGCUGACGCUGGCCAUAUUGCCCCACAGGUCUUCCACUACCUCAGCCUGGCCGUGCUCACCUUCUUCAUGGUGGAGCUAGCGGGGAAGAUGUACGCCUAUCGUUUGGACUUCUUCAAGCACAAGUUUGAGGUGUUUGAUGGAAUGGUGGUGGUGGUGUCCUUCAUCCUGGACAUUGUGUACAUCUCCAGAGAGGAUGCCUUCGAUGGCAUGGGAUUGCUGAUUCUGCUCAGGCUGUGGAGGGUGGGCAGGAUUGUCAAUGGUGUCCUGAUGUCUGUGAAGAAUCGUGCGAAUAACAAAAUUCAGAAACUGAAGGACAGUAACAAUCACCUCAUUCAGAGAGUCAAUGAGCUACAGGACAAAAAUACAAAGAUGGAACAAGAGAAUUCUCAACUACGCUCACUUUUGCAGCAACACAGAAUCCAGUUUUGAUGUUUCCAGAAGCAAAAAUAAUGGAUCUAUGAUACUAUGAAGCAACAGAUUUUUGCACUUGAUGCUUUUGCUUUUGCUAAGCAUGUGACAAAGGGAGACUAUUUACACGAUCAAUGUAGAAAUCAAAUGUAUUUAUAUAACAGUGCCAUCAAAUAAUGGUGUUUUUCAUGAAAAUAUACAGUGAUGAAUCAGUGAGCUUACAAGUCUGCAGUCUGUACAGAAUCAAAUUAUGUUUGAUGCAAUUCCUAAACAAUAGUGUAUUUUCUUUUGAACUUAUUUUGUUCAAAUUGAUUUUACAUUUAACUUCCUUACAAACACAAGGACAUUCUUAACCCACUGGGCGUUGAGAUUUGUUUAUGAACUCUACACAAGUACCGGUAUCUGUAUUCUGCAUCAAGUCCAUUGUAUAUAAUUUACUAUGUCUAGAUGUCAUGCACAAUUAAAAGACAUU